GUACCAAGAGUAUAGCAGGUCGGGUGCUUGCCUUGCCCGUGGCCAGCCAGGUUCCAUCUCCAGCCCGCCAGGAGUAACCCUUGAGCACCACCAGUUAAAAGUACCCAUGGAGAACUCUGAAAUCUCAGUAGACGCAAAAUCCGUAAAGAAUUCAGAAGAAAAGAUCAUACAUGGCAGCAAGUCAGUGGACUCUGGAAUAUCGUUGGACAAUAGUUACAAAAUGAAUUAUCCUGAAAUGGGCGUGUGUUUAAUAAUUAAUAAUAAGAACUUCAAAGGCGAAGGCAUGUCGACUCGGACCGGUACAGAUGUAGAUGCAGCAAGACUCAAGGAAACGUUUACUAACUUGAAAUACGAAGUCAGGAUCAAAAAUGAUCUGACCUGUGAGGAAAUUAAGAAAUUGCUGUACAGUGCUUCUUUAGAAGAUCAUAGCAAAAGGAGCAGUUUUAUUUGUGUGUUUCUAAGCCAUGGUGAAGAAGGAACCAUUUUUGGAACAGAUAAACCUAUUGAGCUGAAGAUCUUAGCAGGUUUCUUCAAAGGGGAUUGUUGCAGAAGUCUAACUGGAAAACCCAAAAUUUUCAUUAUUCAGGCCUGCCGAGGUACAGAACUCGACUGUGGAAUAGAGACUGACAGUGGUUCUGAGGAUGACAUGACGUGUCAGAAGAUACCAGUGGAAGCUGACUUCUUGUAUGCGUAUUCCACAGCACCUGGUUACUAUUCUUGGCGCAAUUCAAAGGAUGGAUCCUGGUUCAUUCAGUCACUUUGUGAGAUAUUGAAGCGGUACGCUGACAAACUUGAGUUCAUGCACAUUCUUACUCGGGUCAACCAAAAGGUAGCAACAGAAUUUGAGUCCUAUUCCUUGGACAGAACUUUCCACGCAAAGAAGCAGAUUCCAUGUAUUAUGUCUAUGCUCACAAAAGAACUGUAUUUUUAUCACUGAAGAAAAGAAUAAGAGCUUUUGGGUUUAUCUAUACACCAAGGUAGGAAAACGGUUUGAUGGAUACUGUAUUUUCAUUCCUCUCCCAUUUAAAUCUGAUCUAAUACUCCAGAUGGUACUUUGAAUCAUGCAAUUUUCAUAGCAAUAAAACUACUGUAAUACUACCUCAAACUCAAAAUCAGGUAGUUGAAAUUGAAUUUUCACAGGAAUAAAUAAAAAUGGUACAAUCUCUAUGAGAUGAAAUAAUUGGAAAUUCAAAAUGGUACAAUCCCUAUGAGAUGAAAUAAUUGGAAAUUAGCAGUUCUCAUAACUAACAAAUUUUAGGGAGGUUUUGCUAUGAAUUUUCAAGUGAUUAUGAAAAAGUUGACAUCUACAGUAAUGAAUUUCAAAGACAUUGAUGUGACGGUUAAGAGUUUGCAUUCUCUUGCCUCUAUUGCUGAUCACAAUACCCAAAAGGAGAGAGAGAACAAAAGGGAAUGCCCUGCCACAGUGGCUGGGGGGGAGGGAUAUUAUCCUGGUGGUGGAAAAUGGGCACUGGAGGAGGGAUGGGUAUUUGAUCAUGGUAUGACCGAAAUCCAAGCACAAAAAUUUGUAAAUCUACAACUGUACCUCAUGCUUUUUCACUAAUAAUAAAAAAAAUAAAAUUAAAAAAAAAUACAGUAUCUUUUGAUGGUAGGAAACAUACACUGGUGAAGGGAUGGGUGAUGGAACAC